AGACAAUACCUGAUUUUUAGUUCCUUGUGUAUCUCUGAUCGUUUUCAAUGGGUUGAGAAAGACAGUUGAAAUCACAAAUGGCUUUCCAGGAAAGGAGGAGUCCAUCACUGUGAGGAGGGAAGAAUGGGAUCAAAGCUGAACUUGCUGCUGCUUUGGCUGCUCUUGUGUGAUGCCUGGGGACAGGAAGCCUUUGUCACACUCCGCCAGGGGUCGCUCAGGGGAAACAGGGUUCCAGUGAAUGACCCAGAGAGAAGUGAAGUUUUCUCUUUUCUGGCUGUGCCUUAUGCCAAACCUCCCAUCAAUGAGCUCCGUUUCAGGAGCCCAGAACCUCAUCCAGGUUGGAACAGAACCCUGAAGGCAGACAGAUUUGGACCUUCUUGUCCCCAGCUCCAGGCCCAAACAUCAAGUGAAGACUGCCUGACACUUAACAUCUGGAUUCCUGAAAUACCAAGGAAUUUCCCACAAUUCCCUGUGGUGGUCAUUUUAGCUGGUGAGUUCUUUGAAAGAGGAGCAACAGCAAGGAUUCCUGGGGAAGACUUGGCAGCCAGAGACAUAGUUGUUAUAACAGUGAACUACAGACUACAUUUGCUUGGAUUUCUGAGCUUGGAAGAUCCAAUGGCCCCAGGGAACAUGGGACUAGAAGACCAACGUUUGGCCCUGACCUGGGUCCAAGAAAAUGUAGAGAUGUUUGGUGGUGACCCAAGAAGGGUAACUUUACUGGGACACUCAGCUGGAGCUGCUUCUGCACUUUUGCAUCAUGUUUCACCAAAGACACAAGGACUUUACAGUCAAUUGAUAUUGAUGGGAGGUACUGGUUUGGCUCCAUGGGCACUGAGCAGAAAGCCUAGACUUUAUGCUCAAGAUUUAGCAAGAAGGUUGGCUUGUCCUUUGAAUUUCCCCAUGCAGACCUUGGAUUGCUUGAGACUGAGGCCACUUGAGGACUUGCUUCAGGCAUAUGAACAACAAAGAUCAGAUUACAACUUACCACCUCAUGGAGCCAUUUAUGGGCCAGUUGUGGACAAAUUCUUGCCAACCUCAGCCAGGCAAUUGCCAAGACACCCAAGACAAGCUCUUCAAAUGAACAUGUUUCCAAGGAUCCCUUGUCUUGUUGGAGGAACCAAAGAUGAAGGACUGAUAGCUUUGUACUAUUUUGGAGAGAUUCACAGACAGUCUUAUCAAGAAGUAGUGGCCUUCUUCCUAAAUACUGCAAUCCCUUUGACCCUGGAGCUUUAUGGCUUGGUGAAUUCAACCCAGAGCAUGACUCCCAUGAAGGAUAUUCUGGAGUAUUUGUAUUCUCAAAAUGUGCCUGUGAAUGACAAAGACAUGCUAUUGAAGAAUGUUGUCAAGUUCUUCACUGACUCCUACUUUGCUUCACCAAUGGCAGAAACUCUGAAGUACUUGACCCGGUCAGAGAGAGACAGUCAGGUCUUUGCCUAUGGGUUGGACUACCCAACAGUAGCUGACAUCUAUGGAAACUCACUACAGAUCACUGGCUCAGGGCAUGGUAAUGACUUGUUGUACCUCCUGUCUCCCUCCAUGUACCAGGUGACACAACAAGGAAGAGGGUUAACUUUCAGGGAGAGAAAUGUGGUUGAGGACAUUGGUGGCAUGUGGGCUGAGUUCAUCUCCAAGGGGAAGCCUCAGUCAUUUGCUUACUCAGCUGAGGAAUGGACAUCAUAUGUACAAAGCAAUCCUGAGGUGUAUGCAGUGCAGGAAUCAAAGAUGAUCAGUGCCAUGGACCUACAGAAGGCCAUGUCCUUGUGGACUCAUUUGCUGCCUCUGGUGUCUGAAUGGGGAUCCAAGUCAAAUCCCUGGGGACCUGGUGUUCCUCCUCCUACAACUCCAAGGCCAGAUUUUCAGCGAGAAAAUGAUCCGACGCAGCCGUACCAAGCAGUGAUGUGGGUCCUGGUGGUCUGCGUGGUGAUGCUGGUGGUCCUGUUGGUGACCAGUGUGGUGUGCGUGGCUCGUACCAGAAAACAUCGUGACCUUGCCCCCCACUUCCCGCACCGCUGACACAAGCCCAGCACUGGCUUCUCCACGUAUACACCGCGCCCCGAAGCUUUCUGACUUAACCGUCUUGUACUGACCGGGGACAGUCCCGCCGCUGUAUCUGUCCGCGGGGACAGGUCCUUCUCCAGGAACCCCUCUGGCCCCUACUACCUCUCCGAAAUGUCCACCACUAUCUGAAUUAAUGUCCUGAUGAUGUAUAAAUUUGGCUCAAUCAUAGUGAAAACAGCGAACCACCAUAAAAAGCGUGAUAUAGGCGGAUACAAAAUUUCAAACAUUUUUAUACAGGUCUUUAAUUUCGAAUAGGCAAGUUUGGUGAAUAUUCGGGAAUUUUUUCAGAGAUAAAUUUAUUAUCAAGAAAUAUAGCAGCUGAAAUAUGUAUGGCAUAUGAUAAUGUAAUUUGAUUCAAUGCAAAUUAAAGAUGAAUUGAAUUUAGGUUCAAUUAGACUAAAAACCACUUUGCUAGCUUAAAAAUCUGCAAUUUAAUCUUGCAACAAUGGAAUGUUUCAGGGACUCAAAAGUGUUGCAUGCUUUUUUGUGUAAGGAUGCAUUUCCCCUGACAUUUUAGGCUUAAUAUUUAAGGUGAGCUUUUAUUUGAGCUUGUGUGUGUUAAACUGGUAUACUUAAGUAAAUACAAUAAUUAAAGAUGAAUAAAAUUUAUAUUAUCUCAAGAGGCCUAUCCUAAUUGCUCUUGUCAAAUAAAAACAGAACUUGAUCCAGCAUGAUAUUAAUUCCUGAUUUUCUCCAAGAAAGGUUUAUGGAAAAUCUAAAAAGAUUCAUUGCUGACUGUUCAAUUAGCAUGAAAAAUAAAUAAUUUUAUUCAGAAAUAAAGAUGAGUUCCUGAGAAUGGUUGAAUGAUUAAAAUUCAGAGGUGUUUCACAGCAUUAAAUAAAAAUGUUGGAUGAAUAAAAAAUAACUCGGAAUAAAUGAUUCAUCUUCUUAUUCCUUCUUGACUGUCCCCAGUUAGUACAAGAGAGUCCUGAGAAUUUUCAGCAAACAUUGUUACAAUCAGAGCAUACAGAUGCUAUUUUUGGAACUUGAUGUGCUACAAAAUUUUUAUGCUGUCGGUCAAGCAAUUUUUUUUUUUUGCGGUUUGUUAUACGGUGUAUUGAGAGAUCAGUGCUGGGAAUCGACUCGUGCGACAUCGAGCGGAUUUUAUGUGCGCUAUUACGGAGUGAGUGCAGCUUGUACAAAGAAAAAAUAUGCCAGCCCAUGAUGUGCGAGUGUGAGUGAGUGCAAAACAUCGCGGUCGAAGAAAAGAAGAAACAUCAUCACUUGCUGUUUCCUGCUUCCGGAUUGGAGUGUGAUUUUUUGUGUGUUUAUAUCUUGUAGACAACAGCUUGUUUGUAUAUAUGUGCUGUAUAUUUUUGUUUUUUUUUGCACGGAACUCGCUUUUGUAUACCGGGUGUAUAACCUCAUGUUUUAUUUUUUUUAUAUUCGGAAGAAACAAUCACUGUAUGGAGCU